UACAGUUAUAUGGAUAACAUAAAAUAAACUAACUAAGGUCUAUCUUUUUUACGUGUGUGUUCCUAACUACUUCCAUCCUGUAAACACCUUAAAAAUGGAUUCAGUAGUGCCCGACAAUGUUUUAGAAGUAAUAUUUUCGUAUUUAGACCUACAUGACUUAAGGAAUUGUUCAUUAGUUUGUAAAAGAUGGUAUGCAUUUUUAAAUGAUGAAAACAACGACGUCUGGCGAUUACAUUGUAUUAGAAGAUUGGCUGAGGAGGCACUAAAGUCAGAUUUACUUUCAUCUGUACCUACUUACAAGGCUAAACUUAGAGCUUUUUAUCACGCGUGGAAUCCUGGGGAUUGCUCAAGAAAUAUUUAUGUUAAGCCAAAUGGUUUUACAAUACACAGAAAUCCGGUAGCACAGAGUACUGAUGCUGCAAGAGGCAAAAUUGGCUUUAGACAUGGGAGACAUGCAUGGGAAGUAAUUUGGGAAGGCCCUUUGGGUACAGUUGCAGUAAUAGGAAUUAGUACGAAAGAUGCUCCAUUGCAGUGUCUUGGGUAUGUGGCUCUUUUGGGGGCAGAUGACCAAAGCUGGGGAUGGAAUCUAGUUGAUAAUCACUUAUUACAUAAUGGAGACGCACAAGGAAAUUAUCCUUUGCUGAAUAAUGCCCCCAAAUAUCAGGUGGGUGAGAGAAUACGAGUUAUUUUAGACUGUGAUGACAAUACAUUGUCUUUUGAGAAAAACUAUGAGUUUCUUGGAGUUGCAUUUCGAGGUUUGCCAGAUAAAAAAUUGUAUCCAACAGUGUCAGCUGUUUAUGGUAACACAGAAGUUUCAAUGGUAUAUCUCGGACCACCUUUAGAUGGCUAACACAUUUUUCCAGGAAGUAUCUUGAAAAAAGAAAAAUGAGGCAAUUUUUCUUUUAAAGAAAAAGCUAUUAAUGGAAAUAGAGGUCAGUCAGGUUUGCCAAUGUGAUAAAACUAGCAUUACUGAGGUAGAAAUAAGAAAUUAUUCUUACUUGACCACAUUAGAAAUAUUUUAGUUUUACAGUGAAUUGUUUUAUAUGCACUGUAUUUCCUGUAUAAAUAAUAUUCAUUCAAUCAAGUUACAAGUUAAUUCAUGAAUUUAAAGUGAUUGAAGUUAUAACAAACAUUCUUUAACUGAAUGUAAUAUACAUAGGUUUGUAAUGCUAUAUGCAAAAAGGGAUUUAUCUUGCCAGAGGUCAAAAUUGCCAUUUUGCUGAAUGUUUAUGAAGAGAUGUUGAGGUAGCAAAAUAGCCAUGUUUUGCAAAAAAAAA